UGACAUUGACAGAAGCAUGGAGAGAGCACUGAAAAUGAUCGAUCUGUUUGGCAUCACAUCAGUUCGCUUUGAGCAAACUGAUUACUACGGUAUCCCACAUUGCAAGGUGAUACCUGUUAAGCACUUCAGGGAUAAGGCGAUACACGGCCAAAACUUCUGCCUAGGGUAUUUAUCUUUCAAUCCCCAUGGCCAGCCCAUCAGUGGUACAGGAUACGGCGAGGAGAUCCACUACGAAGACGCAGUUUGCUUUCCAGACUUGGCUUCCUUUCAGACCUUACCUUGGUGCAAGAAGACAGCACGGGUUAUCGUAGAGGGCGUCUAUGAAGGGAAAGUGUGUGAGGGGUACCCAAGGGUUGUUGCACGUCGUCAACUUGAACGCCUGGAGGAGAUGGGAUACUCACUCUUUUCUGCCCAUGAGUUUGAGUUCUACUUGGUCGAUAAGAAGACGCAAGGACCAAUCGAUAAUUCCACCAACGCAAAUGCCACAUCGCGCCUCUUUAAAAUUGAGGAUUUCACGCAAGACGUAUUGGAAGGAUUACCUCCGGCUGGUGUGGAUUUAGAGUUCAUCGGUAGCGAAUCGGCCACAGGACAGUUUGAGAUCGUUUACCGUCCAAGCUUUGGUAUUCGUGCUGCAGACAACGCCCACACAUACAAGAUUGGCAUCAAGGAAAUCGCACAAAAACAUGGAUACAUCGCAAGUUUCAUGUCGAAACCUUGGCCAGAUAAAAGUGGUUCAUCAGCGCAUUUUUGCCAUUCUCUUUGGGACGUCUCCGGAGAAACACCCCUACUCUACGAUCCGUCUCAACAAUUCCAACUCUCUAAGCUAGGCCAGUAUUGGGUAGCAGGUCUACAUGCUCACGCAUGUGCACUAGCAGUUCUUAUGGGUCCGACGGUGAACUGUCUCAAACGUUACAAACCUUUCAGCUUUGCCCCAAGCAACGCAACGUGGGGGAUGGACAACCGAACGUGCGCCUUCCGCGUCAGGGUCCAAGGUGCCAAAGGGACCUAUAUCGAGAACAGAAUGGGAGCGAGUGCAUGCAACCCCUACAUCAGCCUAGCUGCAACAGUAGCAGCUGGAAUUGACGGUAUCGUCAGAAGGUUACCUCUACCUGAGCGGGUAGUUGGAGAUGCCUACAAGGACGAAGACGUCCCACCGCUGACACAAAAAUUACCAAACAGCAUGAUGGACGCGAUAGACUGCUUACUGGAUGAUGAGGUUAUUGUGUCUUCCCUUGGGCAAGAAUUCAUCAAGUGUUUUAUUGCGGGGAAGCGAAACGAGAUGGAGCUCGAGAGAGCGGCAGUUGAAAGGGGCGAACUGCAUAAAUGGGAGCAUGAUUAUUUUUUUGAAGUGAUGUAAUGGACAAUAAUUAGUACAAAAUUUUUGACCAAAAAUAUUUGUUGUAUCGUACCGUUAGUGGUAUUGAGUGUUCAAUUUUUUUUAUUUCCCUGCUCAAUGUCACGUAUUGAAGUACGGUGUAUUCGAUAGAAGUACGGUUCGUCUUGACAUGAAUUUACAACUAAUGUUGUACAUCAGAACUAUCAAUCAAACUACAAACAUGGCAAAGUUUUUUUUUAGAUGGAUCAAUGAAGUUUGUAGACUGAAGGGGCAUACAUGACCCCAUGCAUUGUAAAUGUCUUAUCUACUUUUCGAGCUGAUUAAAGGAUUUCUUCAAAUCUUAAAAAGGUACAUCGGUAGCCAAUCCGGAAGCGUAUCGAAUUUCAAAUACUGUCUACAUUUGGCACCAAAAUAUUUACAAGACCUUGUCAUGACUUAUUACAUCAGCUCGUAGCCUGAGAUCAUCAGAACGACUUCUUCUAAUAAAAUGUAAAAUACGAGUAGCCUAUGGUGAGUGAGCUUUCUCUGCGGCAGCAGUUACUCUGUCAUGUCUGUGGGACAACUUACCAGUAAAUUUCAGAAAUAUAUCAUCAUAAGUGAAACAUAAGUCUAAUCUUUUCGAAUAGAAUCAGCACCAAGGCACUCAUCCAAACUCUCUCAUAUUUUCAAUUUUCUUGUGCAACUUGGAAUAGAAUAUUUCUAGUUAGAAGAUUGUAACGGAUAGCUUUAUAUAUACUCAACCAACACAGAUUCAAUGAUAUACUUUUUAUUGUUCUAGACUUAGUGUCUUUGUAUGUAAUCUACAUGUGAAUUACAUUAUAAAACUAUAUAUAGCUAGUAGAAUGCUUACUGUUGCAAUGUUAGUCAUUUUAUGUAUUUUCAAAAGAUUUAUACAACAAAAAAUAAUACAAGUAAAGCCAGCUUAACGGGAAAUAGAUUUUUACUUUUCAGAGCAUCAUAUUUUUUUUUAAUAGCAGUAGGCCUACUCGAGCAGUUAUUUGAGGGUUUAUCAGACAUUUGUUAUUUAACAUUUAGUUACAUGUACAAUCAAUUUCAUGAAAUUAAAUUGUACAUGUUUGCACGAUCGUUAAGAAUAUGCUCUUUGUGUGAGCGUAACGGGCAUUACGUGCAAUGACCAAGGCCUUUUUUCAACCUCCUUUUUAUUAUGUAAUUUGGGGGAUUGAAUGUAUCUCGAAUUGAUAUUAAGACCCCAACCGAAGCGAAAAGAGAAAUGGAUAAAUCAUAUACCAAUAGAAAGGUUAUAGAUUACUAAACACAACGAUGCUAUAUAGUUUUGUGUAUUUUCACCUCUAACUGGGAAAGUAAUUUGCUUAACAAAAACUCAAGUUAGAGGCAGUGGCGCCAUUACAAUACAAUACCGUUAUAUAUCGCUCUUCACAAUGAUUGUAUCAUAGCG